AUGUCUCAACUGCUGCCAACGCUCAACUGGACAGCUGGUUUUUGUGCAGCUGUGCUACUCGGCAUUCUGGCGUAUAGGAGGAGCUCAACUUCAAACAGUAGCAUCCCGCUUCCUCCUGGACCCCCUCGUCAAUGGUUAGGGGGCACUAAGAAUCCUAAAUCUACCAAUGUCGCCUUCUUAUUUUCCAAAUUGGUUGAUGAAUACGGCCCUGUAGUUUCAAUCAAGCAGGGGCGCAAAGUCGCCAUUAUCAUCGGCAGACAUGACGCUGCAAACGAGAUCAUGGAGAAGGAGGGCGGAGCAUUGGUAGAUCGACCACGUUUGGUUGCCGCUGAUGAGAUAGUGUCCAAGGGCAUGAGACUCGUUCUUGCACGGUCUGGUGACCGGUUCCGGAGGCUGCGAAGAGCUGCCCAUACGCACCUGCAGACGAAGGCAGCAGAGACAUACGAACCACUUCAAAUGCACAAUGCGAAGAAUGUAAUUUUGGAUAUCCUCGACGACCCUAAGCAACACAUCAUGCAUGCGAGACGUUAUGCAACGUCGGUGAUAUUGAGAGUCACUUAUGGGAAAACGGCGCCAACAGGCAUUACGGACCCCGAUAUGAUCUCAAUCAUGGAAGCGGUGGGGCGUUUCCAAAUCGUCAUGCGCCCUGGCAGCUUUCUCGUCGAUCGGUUUCCUUUCUUGAAAUAUGUACCGGGAUAUGGACGUGAUUUGGAGAGGCGGUACAAAGAAGACCUAAAGCUCUACUCUGGUCACAUGGAUCGAGCCGAUGGAAAAGCAGAAGCGUGUUUCAUGAGAUACCUCAUAGAACACGCUGAAAAGCAUCAACUUUCGAAUGACGAAAUGGCAUUUCUUGGCGGAACGUUUUACGCUGCUGGCUCAGACACAACCGCUGCUGCCAUUGCAAAUAUGAUCAUGGCUGCUGCUCUUCAUCCCGAAGAACAAGCCAAAAUUCAAGAUGAACUUGACAUGAUCGUGGGCAGUGAUAGGGUACCAACAUUUGCCGACCACGAUAUGCUCCCCCAACUGCAGGCAUUUGUGUUAGAAACGUUGCGAUGGAGGCCCAUCACCCACUUAGGUUUCGCACACCGCGCUACAAGCGACAUUAUAUGGAAAGGUUACCGCAUUCCGGCGGGAGCAACAGUAUAUGGUGUUCAUUGGGCCAUAACACGCGAUCCCGUCGUUUUUCCCGACCCUGAAAGAUUCAAUCCUCAGCGGUGGUUCGAUAGCGAAGGGAAAUUACGAACAGACAUAAAGGCCUUUACAUUUGGAUUUGGGCGACGUGCUUGUCCUGGUAACCAUGUAGCAAACAGGUCCAUAUAUAUCAAUGCUGCAUUGCUUCUCUGGUCAUUCCGUUUCUCGCAGAACCCUUUGGCUCCUAUUGACUCAAUGGCCUUUGAGGAUAGCAUUGUCGCGCAUCCUCGGCCUUUUGAUGUCAAUUUUGAGCCCAGGAAGGAGGAAAAAGUGCUGAGGCAGAUGAUGGAGGACUAUGCAAAAGAGUAAGAGAAUGGGUGUAAACAUUGCAUUUUUUGUACAACACAUAAAUCGAGCAAAGUGGAUAAUUUGAUUAGGCGAGGCUAUUUAAUACGAUUCCAACAGUGGCAUCUGAUAAAUUGCAAAGAGCCACUUGGUUGAUAUUC